CACUUUUCCAGACAGCCACGCACCCAGGACGAUUGCACCCUUCAUCUUGCUGUCCGAAGUAUAGUUGAACUUACCUUAGCCAACUAGUCCAGCUCAGUUCUUACUAAGGACGGAUUCAUCACAAUGCCCGACCAGAAGAAGAAGGGAAAGAAGAGCGGCGGAGCGAAAAAUGACGCCGCUUCGGUGAUCACCGACCCUAGAUUCGCCAACAUCCAGACCGAUCCUCGUUAUCGUCUCCCCAGCAAACGUCAAACCCAUGUCAAGCUCGACAACCGUUUCGCGCACAUGCUGCGCGACAAGGAUUUCUCCCGAAACGCUGCAGUUGAUCGGUACGGACGGAAACUCGCUCGCGACGAUACUAAGAAACAGCUUGAACGGUUCUACCAGCUAGACGAUGAUGCAAAGGAGGGAGAAGAAAAUGACCUUGAAGAUGCCAGUGUCGCCGAUGACGAGGAGGUCCUCAGAGAACUGAAAAUGGCAGAGUCAUAUGACCCCGCGCGUGAUGGAGGUUUCGAUGAGUCUUCCUCAGAGGAGGAGAGCUCGAGCGACGAGGAAGAAGAUGAGGAGGAGUUUGAAGGCUUCGGCGAGGAGCUUGAAUACCCCGAUAAGCAGCGGACUGAUGUGCCGACGGGAGAGGUUACGGAUCGCAUUGCGGUGGUGAAUCUUGACUGGGACAAUAUUAGGGCAGAGGAUUUGAUGGCUGUUUUCUCUAGCUUUGCGCCGACUGGAGGUCGGGUGCUGAAGGUGGCUGUAUACCCGAGUGAAUUUGGAAAGGAGCGGAUGGAGAGGGAGGAGACUGAGGGUCCUCCGAGGGAGAUCUUCGCCUCAAAGAAGGAUGAUGAGUUUGAUGAUGAGGAUGAGCUUGACUCUGACGAGGAGGAGGAAAACAUCAAGAAGUCGAUCUUGAAGGAAGACAAGGGCGAGGAGUUCAACUCGGCACAGCUACGGAAAUACCAGUUGGAGCGACUACGUUACUUCUAUGCUAUCCUGACGUUCUCGUCAAGGGAUGUUGCGAAGCACGUCUACGAUCUUGUCGAUGGUGCCGAGUACCUGUCCAGCGCGAACUUCUUCGACCUCCGCUUUGUGCCCGAAGACACUGACUUCUCGGAUGACAUACCUCGCGACGCAUGCAAACGCAUCCCUGAUGGUUAUCAGCCUAACGAGUUUGUCACCGAUGCGCUGCAACACAGUAAGGUCAAGCUGACCUGGGACAUGGAGGACAAGUCGCGCAAGGAAGCCCAGGCUCGGGCCUUUAAGGGUAGCCGGAAGGAGAUCGACGAGAACGACCUGAAGGCUUAUCUUGCUAGCGAUAGCUCCGAUGACGAGGAGGAAGAGGGUGGUGUGGAGAUCGUUGAUACUACGCAAGGAGAUGGGGAGAGCUCCAGGAUAUCUAAGAAAGAGGACGAGCGACAGCGUCUUCGAGCUCUACUUGGCCUCAGUGCGGAGCCUAAGCCUUCCUCCAAGUCCGACGGACCUGUUGGUGAGAUGGAGGUGACCUUCACUUCCGGUCUGGCUGGUGGUCCCAAGGGCGACAGCAUCUUCGAAAACGAGCCGGAGAAGGAUGAGACUACGAUUGAGAAGUACAUCCGCAAGGAGCGUGAGAGGAAGAAGCGCAGAAAGGAGAAGCUCAAGGCCACCAAGCGUGGUGAGGAUGGCGAGGAUGAACAGGACGACGACGCCGCUGUCGCCGAGGGUGACGAAGAAAAGCCCCAGGAAGAAGACCUGGGCUUUAACGAUCCAUUCUUUGAAGACCCUACUGGUAAGGCCGCUGCUAUUGCCCGUCGCAAGGAAGAGAAGCGCAAGAAGCGCGAGGAGCGUGCCGCAGAGGAAGCCGCGGCCGCGGCCAAGCGGGCAGAGCUGGAGCUGCUCAUGAUGGAGGACAACAACAAGCCCGGCAUCAAGCACUUUGAUAUGAAUGAGAUUGAAAAGGCGGAGAAGCAAGCGCGCAAGAAGAACAAGAAGGGCAAGAGCAAGGGCAAGCAAGUCGAGGCGCCCGUGGAUGACUUCGAGAUGGAAGUCGCCGAUCCUCGUUUUUCUCGACUCUUUGAAAGCCACGAGUUCGCGAUUGAUCCCACCAAUCCCCGGUUUAAGUCGACUUCGGGUAUGAAGGCGCUGCUGGAAGAAGGCCGGAAGCGGCGAAGGGAUCGUGAUGACCAGGUCGAUGAGGAGGUUGGUCCCCGUGACCCCAAGAAGAAGCAGAAGACGAAUGCUUCCAAGGACGCGGGAUCGGACGAUCUGAAGAAGCUGGUCGAAAAGGUGAAGCGCAAGACGCAGCGCAGCUGAUCUGGUUGUAACAUAUCGAACUACCUACCUAUCUAGGAUGAGGAUGCAAAUACCAUGGGCACAUUUCCUGUUUUUAUUCGAUAGAUCACGAGCGUCUGUCAGUCUGCGUUC